AGACUACGAGUCUACCGUGCCUCGGCCAUGUGCAGGGCGACCUGUCCCUGACAUUCACACCUGUGGCCCACACGUCGCCCGCAUUGUGGGGCGCGGAAAGCCCAACACAUCUGAAACACAACCGCUGACCUUCCCCCGACACCGCCUCUUAACGAGGUCCCCCGGCCCCCGGUCCCAGCAGCUCUUCGAAGACUUGCCUGAUGACAGGCAUGUACCAUGUUUCUGGCUGGGACGUUUUUCUGAGCCUUGCUCCGGGCUCCGUAAAGCGGACACGGUGCCAGGGAGAGGAUUUCGGGGCGGUUGCGGGCACAGGCGAGCUUCUGCGGAGGCCCUGGCGAACGCCCCCGCGCGGCGCGGUCCGAUGGCCCCACGUGGCCGCCCCUCCACUAUGAGGUCACCGGAGCUCAGCAACAUUCACCGCGGCCAGGACGCCUACAGGUCACCGAAGCAGAACUUUCCGACUCUCGCGCCUUCGCACGUUGGCCCUGCACAUAGAUGGCAUCAGUCUGGUCACCAACCUCUUGUCGCUUUGGGCUGGACACAGUUUCCAGUAGUAACACCAGAGGCAUCAAUAAGACCAGCGGACCCUCCCCGAAACGGCCCACAGCCCAACGAUCCCACUGCCGUAAACCGCCCCGAAGCCAGCGCCGAAAGCCGAAGCCGGAAGCCCCGCCCCAAGCAGGGCCCGCCCAAAGGUUCCCCUUCCUGGGCCUCCAUUGGCCAACUCUGAACGGUCGCACGUCGAGGCGCCUUAUGGGAAAUGUAGUUCACGCCCCGCUUCAGGCGCUAGCGGCACCCUCCCUUAUCGCCUUGGCAACGACCCAGCCGCGCCGCGAGGAGAGCCGGGAAUGGAGGUCGUGGCGUGAGGGGCGCCGAGCUGCGGGAGGCGGAGGCCACGGGAGUUCCGGGAGUUCCGGCGUUGCCCGGCAGUCCGCAGUCCUCGGCGGGAAAUCUGUCCCCGCGCCCCAGGCAGCUCUGCGUGGGCCUGAGUGACUUCCUCGCGAUCCCCUGGGCGAGGUGAAGGGCAGGGACCCUUGCUGCGCCUUCCACGCGCCGUGCCCCACCGGCGAGUGACUCCAUCUUCCUCAGACUUGUCGCUCGCGGACAGGCGCCGUGGGUCUCCCGGGCCUCCGUACCGUCUUCCUUCCCCGCGGCUCCGGGAAGCGGCUCCCUGUCUUCGGACGCAUUUCAACCGCGUGGGGAGAGCUUCCCGGGAAGAUUCCACGGCGGCCGAGGGUUUCCGCGCCCAGGACGCGUUUCGGCUGAGGCCGUGGGUCCAGGCCACGGGUUCCGCCCGCACUGUCCGAUGGCCGGGGAGACGGAGGUUCAGUUGGACCCAUCAUUGCAGGGCUUGGUGAUGUUUGAGGAUGUGGCGGUAUAUUUCUCCAGGGAGGAGUGGGGGCUCCUUAAUGUGACCCAGAAGGGCCUAUACCAGGAUGUGAUGCUGGAGAACUUUGCACUCGUUAGCUCACUGGAGUGCUGGGAUUGCAGGCAUGAGCCACCAUGCCCAGCCUGUUUCUUUUACUACCUGUCGCCCGCAGGACUUGCACCUUUGAGAUCCCCUGUGUUUUCCCAACUGGAGAAUGAUGAACAGUCGUGGGUGCCCAGCUGGGUGGAUGUGACUCCAGUCAGCAGAGCAGAAGCCAGGAGAGGUUUUGGUCUUGAUGGUCUAUGUAGAGUGGAGGAUGAGAGAGCCCGUCCCGAGCAUCUGAAGAGCUACAGAGUCAUCCAGCCCCAGGACACUCAUGGUGAGGGGAAACCAAGAAGGCACACUGAGCAUGGGGCAGCCUUCCCACCUGGUUCCAACUGUGGGCAACAGCAAGAAGUCCGUGUGGCAGAGAAGCUGUUCAAAUGCAGUGACUGUGGGAAGGUGUUCUCAAAGGCCUUUGCCCUCCUUGACCAUCUGAUAACGCAUUCUGAAGACAGACCCUUCAGAUGCCCAACAGGCACAAGUGCUUCCAAGGAGAAGUCAACUCACGUUAACCCCCGAAAAAUUCAACCUAGAGAAACAGCCCAUGUGUGUAAUGAGUGUGGGAAGGCCUUCUGUUACCCGUCCAAGUUGAGGAAACACCAGAAGGUUCACACAGGCAUAAAACCUUUUAAGUGUAGUGAGUGUGGGAAAACCUUCAACCGCAAAGACGCACUGGUUCUACACCAGAGGAUUCACACUGGGGAAAGGCCUUAUGAGUGCAGCAAAUGUGGGAAAACCUUCAGUGUUCUGUCUACCCUCAUUCGGCACCGGAAAGUGCACAUUGGAGAAAGGCCCUAUGAGUGUACAGAAUGUGGGAAGUUCUUUAAAUACAAUAAUAGCUUCAUUCUUCACCAGAGAGUUCACACUGGAGAAAGGCCUUUUGAAUGCAAGCAAUGUGGGAAAGCCUACGUGACCCGUUCAGGCCUCUAUCAGCACUGGAAAGUCCACACUGGGGAACGGCCCUAUGAAUGUAGCCUGUGUGGGAAAACCUUCACUACCAGAUCCUACCGCAAUCGGCACCAGCAGUUCCACACUGAAGACAGGUCUUAUGAAUGUACAGAGUGUGGGAAAGCCUUCAAACAUAGUUCCACCCUCCUUCAGCACAAGAAAGUCCAUACUUCAGAAAGGCCUCAGGAAGACAGGUCACAUGGGAAAGUCAUUAGCUGCUAGCACCGUGUUCAUCAGGAAGGGUCUUUUUCCAGAAAGGAGAUUGAGGAGAGUGGCCAUCAGAGUGCCAUCUGAAAGAAGCUAAACCUUGUACAUCCCAACAUCCACCCCGGGGAGAGUUCCCAUGUGUGCCUGGCGUGUGGGAAGCUUUCAGGAGCCACACUGCACUCUCACUGGCCUGGGGCUGUUGGGAGUGUCACAUCACUGUCAGUUUGUCCACCGCCAUCCUCCUCCAUCCACCCCGUAAGGUCCCUACAGCAAGUGGGACAGGAGACCUUGUGCUCCUUGCUCUAAACAGUAGAGAAUCAUUAAUGGUAGAGCCCAAAACAGACCUCAUUCCCUACCCCUGACUGGUUUAGCUGUGGACAUGACCCACCUCUGGCCAGAGGAGCUGAGCUGGUAUCUGCUGGGGGCUUCCUGGGAAGGUUUACCAUUUUGAUGGACAUGGUUGACAUCAUACGUGGUAUUUGUCAUGCGCUAGCAUGGACUGUCUCAUACUGCUCUGGACUGUGUGGCAAUAAAGGCUUUAUUGUUUAAGCCGCUU